AUGAAGACUCCCAUCGUCUCCCUUCUGGCGGUGUGGCCAUUGCUCGCUGCAGCGGGCGUUAGCCUCUCCUCGUCGUUGCUCGGGCCUGAGACAGUGACCAUCGAACAUUGUUCAACCAUCAGACAAGGAAAUAACGUGCCACGAGUGACAACAACCACGUACGCGAGAACCAUUACCAUUCCAGUCCAUGUGACCUCCAGUAUUACACCCACUGUCACAGUGACUCCGCCGGCAGUCACAAUCACCUCGACAACGAGUACUACCACCACCAGCACCGUUUCCAGUACGGCCGCCACACCCACCAGUACAUUCACGGCAACACUUACUCUGACCUCCUCCACCACCACUACUAGCACUAUCACGGCAUCGACGUCUACUUCAACGGAGGUUGACACAACCACAACCACAAGCACGACCACACUGACGUCGACCGUGCCAACCUCGUCGGGUUUCCUUCCUGUUAUCAGCACUCUCCCUGGCUCGGCUGAGAAGCGCAAACGGGAAGUGAAAGAGAGGCAGACCCAGUCGAGAAGAUCGUCUUAUACUCCGCCAUGGCAGAAGCCAUCGACCCAGUGUAAAGCACCCGCACCUUACCAGCCUUCCACGGGUGGCCAGGCGGUAUGGGACACAUGCGCGCAAUACCCUUCGGCAGUGGAGUGCCAGGAGCUUGUGGAGAUUUUCUCACCUAUUGUCACGACGGUCACAGCGACGGCGGUCUCGUCCACAUUGACGACAGCAACAACUACGACAAUUAUCACCUCAACUUCAACCGCUACUACUACAGCAACUGUCACUCCUCCAACUUUCAACUACACCACAACGACGACGACCAUGACCACUACCACGAUCACCGCCUUCAGCACCACUACACCCUCUACAACGAUAACCAGCACAUCCACCAUCACCGCAUCAGCAACGACCUCGACAGUCAGCUACGCAGCCUGCGCCACGCCCAAUCUAGUCGGCACGCUCAACGGCGACGGUGUCUACGACGCGAUCUAUCCUGGUGAGGAUACUACUCUCACUACCACGGACGACGGGACCGCCUACGACUGCUGUGCCUCGUGCAUCAGCAACGCGGCCUGCGCGGCGUCAGCCUUCAACGGGAACUUUGCCCCUGGCGAGCAGUGCUUCAACUUCGUUGCCACCGGCGGCGCCGGGGCCUGCACUACCGAAGGCGAAUACAGCUUUGGCGCGGAGUACGAUAGCAGCUUCCCACCGGACUCGGAGUAUUUCAUUUCAAACGGCAACUGUGGCUUCUACACCUACUCCGAAUCGGACUAG